AUGUCUACAGCAACUGUCUCUGAGAGAAGAAAAUACUUUUCAACCUUAAGUUCCACACUAAAUUCCAGUAGUGAUGGAAGUGAAUCAUCGAGUAGUCAAGAUCCAACACCAACAAUUAGCGCCCACGUUGAAGAAGGAGAAGAGGGAGAAACGUGUCUGAUUUGUGCAGAAAGUAUCCGGAUUGCCUCUUUGUCACCAUGUAACCAUACAGUUUGUCAUGUGUGUUCUUUCAGAAAUGUUGCCUUGUAUAGGAAGAGCCAGUGUUUAGUCUGUCGUUCAGAGAUUCACAACUUUAUAUUUACCGCAGACUUGAAAACUGAGAAGUUUGAGCAAGUUAAAUCCAGUCAGUUAAUUCCUAGAUUCAAAAACGAUCACGGGAUUCGUUAUACUAGUGAGUUUGCAAAAAAUGAAACACUAAAAUUGCUUGACUUUUCAUGUCCAAUUAAAUCAUGUUCUCUUCACGGUAAAAGAAUGAGCAAUUUCAAGGAAUUGAACAACCACGUGAAGGAUGUGCAUAAUAGACAGUAUUGUGAAUUGUGUGCUAAGUUCAAGAAGGCUUUUAUCAGUGAACUAAAACUAUACAACAAGAAACAACUCCAUCAACAUCAAAGUAAGGGAGAUAGCAUUGGAUUCAAGGGACAUCCAGAAUGUAAAUUUUGUUCCAACAAGAGAUUUUACUCAGAAGAUGAACUAUAUGUACAUAUGAGAGAUCACCACGAAAGAUGCCAUAUUUGCCAACAAAUUGAUCCAAAUAAUCCCCAGUAUUUCAGAAACUAUGAACAUUUAGCUCAGCAUUUUAAGAAUGCGCAUUUUACAUGUAAUGUGCAGUCAUGUCUAGACUCUAAAUUCGUUGUUUUCAGAGAUGAAUUUGAACUUCAGACACAUCUUGCGAAGGAGCAUUCUUCCUUAUAUGGGAAUAAUAUUCUAUUUUCUGGUAGUUUCAAUAGUCAGCUAUUUUCUGUUCCAAACGAAAAGAAGAAAAUUACGAAAAAGGAAAAUAACGCUGAUAGCAGUAAUGAUUAUGAGUUGAAGAAGAAAAGGCUAGAAGAGAGAGCCAGACACUAUUUGAACUAUAACGAGGAGAAAUUCCAAGAAUUUCUAAAUGUAAAUAUUGACUACAGCAAGGAGAAAAUAAGUGCACAAAAUGUAAUCAAUGCCUAUAGGGAAAUUUUUAACGAUAGUAAGGAUGUGGAUUAUGAUUUGUUGAUUUAUGAAUUAAGUGGGUUAUAUCCCAACAAAUCUAAACUAAGGAGAGAUUUGGAGAUCAUAAAUAAACCGCAGCUGGAGAAUAGAGAACUAGAAGAGAAAUUUCCGUCAUUGCCAGGCUCUAGCAGCGUUAUGGACAGAGGUAUUUGGGGCUCCGAACAACCGAAAUCCAAGUCUAAACUUAAAGCUGCCCCAAGCAUCAGCUCGAAACAACUGUUUCCAAGUUUACCAGGUGUUAACCAUGGUAAUAUUGUCUCAAGUACGAAGAAGGCACCAAAGACAAGAGGUAUACCUGUAACGCCGCCUGUGAACGGAUUUGGUGUUCCAGGGUACAACCCUAUUCAGACUGGCAAGAAAAAUAAAAGUGUGUGGAAUGCACCACCACUGCCGCCGGUUGCAUCUACAUUUACAUCAUCGAGCAAGUCUGCUCCUGUGCAUAGAAGUAAACCUAUAGAUGAACAACUAUUUCCUAGUCUGCCCUCACCGCCUAAGAAGAAGGUCAUUCCUAGGGUGAAUCCAGUUACCAACAAUGGGUCAAACAUUUGGGGUAGUAGCUCUCCUAUAGAUAAUGGAGGCAAUGUAGGAAGCUCAUUCAAUAUGAACGAACUGAGUGGCAGUUUGAAGGCGGUCAAAAAGGGUAAGAAGGGAAAAGUAGUCUAUAAGCUAGAUUUAUAA